AUGCUUAUGGUCAAGGAGGAAUUAGAGUAUAUACGAUCACGCUCUGCGGCUGGAGACUUUGAGCUUGUCAACGUCUUAGAUCAUAGCUCCACUGCGGCUACAUUUACUUUGAAGCUCCACGGGGUCCUUCUCACCAUUCAUUUAUCUGAAGCCGGGUUCAAGGUGCUCAGUCCCCCAGAGCAUGCAACGCAGAUAGGGUAUCCUACCAUCGAGGGCUUGCUUAUGUCUCAGAGUCAGCAGUUCACCGACGACUUUUUUGCACAGGUGUGCAACAAGUUAGAAUCUGAAUCUAAGAUGUCUUAG